AUGUUGACUGUGCAGAGAACUGUUGCACGUUCGCUCCGUCGCGCAGGCCAGGCUGCUGCAUCCCGCGGGCUCGCGACCGAGUCGGGGCCCUAUGAUGCUGUUAUCAUCGGUGGCGGCCCCGGCGGUUACGUCGCUGCUAUCAAGGCAGCCCAGCUCGGUCUCAAGACGGCGUGUAUUGAGAAGCGUGGUUCGCUUGGUGGAACGUGUCUGAACGUUGGCUGUAUCCCGUCCAAGGCCAUGCUCAACAACUCGCAUAUCUAUCACCAGACGCAGCACGAUCUCCAACGACGCGGUAUUGACGUCGGCGACAUCCAGCUCAACCUCCCCCAAAUGCUCAAGGCCAAGGACCAGUCCGUCGUCGGACUCACCAAGGGCAUCGAGACGCUCUUCAAGCAGAACAAGGUCGACUACAUCAAAGGCACCGCCUCCUUCGUCUCGCCCACGCGCAUCUCCGUGCAGCUCAACGACGGCGGCUCGGCCGAGGUCGAGGCGAAGAACGUUGUCAUUGCCACCGGGUCCGAGGUCACGCCGUUCCCGGGCGGCGGGAUUGAAAUUGACGAGCAGCAGAUUGUGAGCUCGACGGGCGCGCUGGAGCUGAAGGAGGUGCCGAAGAAGAUGGUGGUGAUUGGAGGGGGGAUUAUUGGGCUGGAGAUGGGGAGUGUGUGGAGUCGGUUGGGGUCGGAGGUGACGGUUGUGGAGUUCCUAGGUGGGAUUGGGGGGCAGGGGAUCGAUGAGGAGGUUGCGAAGCAGUUCCAGAAGAUUUUGGGCAAGCAGGGGAUCAAGUUUAAGCUGAACACCAAGGUUUUGUCUGCUGAGAAGAAAGACGGCAAGGUUGUUAUCAAGACCGAGGCUGCCAAGGACGGCAAGACCGACGAGCUUGAAGCUGACGUCGUCCUCGUCGCCGUUGGCCGCCGCCCAUACACCGACGGCCUGAACCUCGAGGCCGUCGGUAUCGAGAAAGACAACCGCGGGCGCAUCGUCAUCGACGACGCGUUUAACACGUCCGUGAAGAACAUCAAGUGCAUCGGCGACGUCACAUUCGGGCCCAUGCUCGCGCACAAGGCGGAGGAAGAAGGCAUCGCGGCCAUCGAGCACAUCCACGCUGGACACGGGCACGUGAACUACGGGGCGAUCCCGUCGGUGGUGUACACGCACCCGGAGGUGGCGUGGGUGGGGAAGACGGAGCAGGAGCUCAAGGAGGCGGGGGUGAAGUACAGCGUGGGCAAGUUCCCGUUCGCGGCGAACUCGCGGGCGAAGACGAACAUGGACACGGAGGGGUUCGUCAAGUUUUUGAGCGAGAAGGAGACGGAUCGGAUUUUGGGGGUGCAUAUUAUUGGGCCGAAUGCGGGCGAGAUGAUUUCGGAGGGGGUGUUGGCGAUGGAGUAUGGGGCGAGUUCGGAGGAUGUUGCGAGGACGACGCAUGCUCAUCCCACGCUCAGCGAGGCGUUCAAGGAGGCUGCGAUGGCUGCAUACCAGAAGCCGAUCCAUUUCUAG